AACGUCGUUAAGCCACAAAGACUUAAGGUGUGAGGAUAGAUUCAUAUUCUAAUAUUCAGGAAAAAGAAAAAGGAAAGAAAAACCAUUUUCUUAAACAAUUGGCCAGGAUUUUGUUGGUUAGCCUGUAUGGGAAAGAAUACUAGUUGGGCUAGUGCCGUGUUUAACUCCCAGUGAAAUACUUCCCUGGUAGCUGCUCCGUUAAGGUAGCAAGUAUAAAAGUGGAUCAUACUGUCCUGAUUCCAGAUCCCAGAAUUUCCUCAACAUUCCAUUCCAUUCCCUCUUUUUGGCCUUUCCAAAUCCUUUAACAAAAAUGGGUUUCCAAGGUGGGGUUGCAGAUGAAGAAUCAGGCACCCAAUUGUCCACAAAAUCGAAAUUCAGAUACAACUCGCCACUUGUCCAAGUCUCCCUGAUAGGCCUGGUAUGUUUCUGCUGCCCCGGAAUGUUCAACGCCCUUUCCGGGAUGGGAGGAGGAGGGCAAGUCGAUCCGACCGCUGCCAACAACGCCAACACUGCCCUUUACAGCGCUUUCGCUGUUUUUGGCAUCCUGGGCGGCGGCAUUUACAACGUCCUCGGACCCCAUCUCACCCUUGCCGCUGGCUGCAGCACUUAUGUCCUUUACGCCGGCUCUUUCCUCUACUACAACCAUCAUAAACACCAGGCUUUUGCAAUUGUGGCGGGUGGCCUUCUUGGCGUUGGCGCUGGCCUUCUUUGGGCUGGUGAAGGCGCUAUUAUGACUUCUUAUCCUCCACCGAAUCGAAAGGGCACUUACAUUUCCUUGUUUUGGAGCAUUUUCAACAUGGGUGGAGUUAUUGGUGGCCUUCUUCCUUUUAUUCUGAAUUACCACAGAAACGAGGCGGCUUCUGUAAAUGAUGCAACUUAUAUUGGCUUCAUGUGCUUCAUGUCGGCUGGAACUCUUCUUUCUUUUGCCAUUUUGCCACCCAACAAAGUUGUUCGCGAUGAUGGUACACGUUGCACCAAUGUUAAGUACUCCAGUGUCUCCACAGAGGGAGCAGAGAUUCUCAAAUUGUUUUUCAAUUGGAAAAUGCUCCUUAUUGUCCCUGCUGCUUGGGCCAGCAAUUUCUUUUACAGCUAUCAGUUCAAUAAUGUCAAUGGCCUACUUUUUAAUCUGAGAACCAGAGGGUUAAACAACGUGUUCUAUUGGGGGGCCCAGAUGUUGGGCUCUAUUGGGAUUGGUUACAUAUUGGAUUUUAGUUUCCAGAGUAGGAGGAUGAGGGGUUUUGUUGGGAUUGGUGUUGUUGCUUUGCUUGGCAGUGCAAUCUGGGGUGGUGGUCUUGCCAAUCAACUCCCUUACUCCCAUGAUCAUCCACCUACAAGGUUGGAUUUCAAGGAAUCUGCUUUUGCCGGUCCCUUUGUUUUGUACUUCAGCUACGGAUUGCUGGAUGCCAUGUUUCAAAGCAUGGUUUAUUGGGUCAUAGGAGCCUUGGCUGAUGAUUCACAGACCCUUAGCAGAUAUAGUGGAUUUUAUAAGGGAGUGCAAAGCGCAGGAGCAGCGGUUGCUUGGCAAGUUGAUACGCACAAGGUUCCAUUGCUUUCCCAGUUGAUUGUAAAUUGGUCGCUCACCACUGUGAGUUAUCCACUGCUGGUGCUUCUAGUCAUGCUAGCUGUAAAAGACGACAAGAAGACUGAAGAGGAAACUCCCAAGGAGGCUACUGUUCCAGCUUCCAAUAAAGAUAUCUACACUGCUAACUCCACUUAGCUGUUAUUUAUUCUAUCAUCUUUCCUCCACAUGCCUGCCAAAAUCUUUUUCUCUUACAACUUUAGACAGCUGUUACGAUGUGUAUGUUACUACGCCAUUAUUCUCUCCAUUAAAAGGAAAUCACAGUUAAAAAGUUUUAGUGCAAAGCUUUCUUCACUCACAGAAUGCACUGUUCACGCCAUUAUUCUUUAAUCUUGGUUUUGCUGCCCAGAAUGCACUGUUCUUGCCCUUUCUUGAUUACAAUCUUUGAAGAUAACCACUGGUUUCUAUGUUUUAGCCAUGACUAACAGCAUGCCUUUCAGUUGAUAAAAGAUAAUAUGCUGCUUUACCAUGUAUGGAAUACCCUAAAGGCUAUAGAAAAACCUUUGCUGCUGACAAUAUUAUUAAAAGAAAAAUUGAAUCUAGGGAAAGGAGUAGACUAUAUUGUUGAUUGCUACUUUACAUUAUGAUGGUGGAAAAGAACUACUAUAGCAGUUUUCUUUUCUGUGUAAUUCUUUCUGAAUGAGAUAAUGACAAUGAUUAUUCUGUGACACUAACCACCUGGGCACUGGCAGAGGGCAGAUAAUGAUGUGCUAAUGGUAUGUUGCAUGUUUUCAGCUUCAAGUUUUCUGUGGCAUUGCAUCAUCCGAUAUAGCUGUUGUUUCCAUAGAAACAGUAUAGCACAACUUCUAACUUUUCCCUGCAAAGCAAAAUUACUAACUGAUGUCAGUUUUCUAUGUCAGUUCCAUUUUGUCAUGAUUUUUUGCAGCGAUAUAGUCAUCAGCUAUUUUCUCUGCAAUCAUGGAGCGCUUGGGUCUUUCUGCUCCAUAGGUAACACUUUGCUAAGUAUAUUUAGCGAUUAAACUGCUUUGUUGACAGCCGAUCAUGUUUCUCGCUCUGUGAAUUACAUUCUUGGUUUUAACAGAAAUUUGUCUGAAACAGCACAUUGAUGCUAUGCUUUUGAAAUGUGACUCCUGAUCAGUUGGUUCUCUUUUAGCAUUCUUUCUUAAGACUAAAUUCUACAUGGUUAAUUUUCAGCUUAAUAAGAAUCUACAUAGUUAGGUGUAGCUUCUGUCAGAUUUCUUCUUUUGUAUUACUGGUCUAGUGGUCUUUUUCUGCUUUGUUCUGUUUUGGAAGAAAUUGUACUUGCUAAUAACCAGUUUAUAGUUUAGGGUUCAGCAGAUAUGGAAAGUGGGAGCUUUAUGAUCCUGGAAAAGCUGUUUUCCAAUUGGCUUGUAAUGCAUCGACACAGGUAGGCAGAUUUUGGCAACAAAGUGAAAAUGUGCGUAUUUUAACAGCAAAUUUACACCAAGCUGCUGAAUUGCAUUUGUUCCAUACAACUUGUCUUUUUUUUGUAUUUUCACUGAUCUACUUCUUCUAUGAAUUUUAUUUUUGCUCUAUUAUGUUCUUGCUAUAGUCUUUUUUGUGAGUCUUGUAAAGUUCUUAUAUAAGCAUCUAUCAUGGUUCAACUUUUCAGAGAGUGAUUAUGGUGAUGUAUCCAACCAAUGGGACAACUAAACAUGGAAUCUUAUGCAUCAAACUUAAAGAAUGUUAAUUGCAUUUUAGGAACCUCUACUUGAGCAAAUAGUAGUAUCUGGUUGUUGGUAUCCUAUUUCAACAUGGUCUCUGUUAUUUUUCUUUUUGCUGCUGAUAUUAAAUUGACACAGGAGCAAGAGAAAAAACUAUUCUGAAUUUUAUUUGCUCUCUUUGCUGUGGAGUUCUCACUUUUUACUUGAAAGUAUUGGAUUAAUCAUAAGCGCAUUAGUAAGUUGGAAGAGAACAGAUCUCCUUGGUUGGAAAUAGGUAAGCUUCAACAAGACUAUUGAGUGCUAACUGUAAAACCUUUUCUAACCACUCAAUCUCUUGAAGACUAUGUGGGUUUUAAAGUUGUUCUAUGUUGUUGAAUGGCUUGAAAUAGUAUUUGUGAAAGUUUCGGCUCCUUUGGUUUUCAUCAUCCGCUAUUCCUUUAAUGUCACAUGGUCCACUUUUUCUGCCAAGAAGACUCCAAACUUGAUUUCUGCUUAAAACUAGAAAAUAAUGAGGUAUUGUCUUAUGUCUCAAUAGACACUUAGUAGUCAAUGGUGUUCAAUCAGACUUCAUGUAUUAAUGACCUCAGCUGAGCUUCUUUCAUCCAUAUUUAUUAUUCUUGAGCCUUGUGGCCACUAAAUCUUGGAAAGUUGAGUUGCAAAGAUAUUUAAAAACAUCUAGAAUUAGAUAGCUUACUGUCCCUAGCAAAGAUAGCACAUAGGAAUUAUGUUUGGACCUCUGACCAGAUCAUUGCUUCUGCUUCUUAUACCUAAGUGAUUAUUGUCCUUGCCUCCUUUCAAUUCAUGAUAUCAUAUUUUUAGGUGUUGAAAGGUCUGUGAUUGCUUGAUGUUGAAAGGCUAUUAUAGGGAUUUAGCUAGGUGAUAGCAGAUUGUUUGGUUGUUGAAAAUUUGCUUUUCAGAUUGGAUACGGUUAAUCAUAUGAUGAAUGUCUUAUAUUGCAUAGAUAACACCAAAGAAUGGUACAUAGCCUUGCUGCAUCAUGCUCUUACCACAGUUGAUUCUACAGAUGAUGGUGUUAUAGGCAUUUCUAUGAUGUAUCUUAGUGGUUCCUUUGAUCAGUUGGUGCACUUGCCUCUAUCGGUACCUGCUGCUUCUUCCAAUAGGAAACCACACUUGUUAUGCAAUUUGAAGUCUGCACAAUUUUGGAAUGAUUUUAUCUACAGAAACUUUUCCAAGUGUACUUCAACUCCUAGUUCUAUUCUUCAUUCUAAAGUCUCUCAGAUGGCUGGUGAGUAUGAUUUAAGAUUCUGUUGGAUGUUUCAGUGAGUAUCCACCUAUAACGAUUGAGGAGGCAAAGUACUCUUUGGAUUGGCUUAGGUUCUGUUGUUAGACAUUGAGCCUGUAACAUUCUAAAAUGCCAUGAAACUAUUAUUUCCAGAUAACUAUGGAUUAUUGUUAAAGGUGGGAAACAUCAGAUUCAGAUCAGGUCAUUUUUGGUUUGGAUAAGAACAGGCUUGGGUUGUUUUGAAUUCAUAUAGAUUUGGACUCGGGUCGUUUUGAGUUUAGGUGGGGUUCGAGUUCAGGUUUGAAACUAGUAGUUAAUUUUGCAUUUUUAGUGUUAAAUUCGGAUUAUUAUUGCUUUGGUAUUACUCAGGUAUUACUUUUAUCUCAGCAGGUAAAUUAUGGUCUUAUAAUGGCUAUGGUACAUUACAUGAAACUAAAAUUACGAAACGGUACAUUGGUUGUUGCUAGGGCGCUAUGCUGUUUUUAAGUUUACAUGUGUGCAAAACACCGUAGAGUUCUGAGCUACAUAUGCUCUUGCUUGGCAGUUCUUUUGCAUAUAAUCAUUUGUUAAAACUUCUGUUACAACAAGCAUCCAUGACUAUCACUGGCGGAAUGAGGGGGCUCAUGCUUAGGCACUCAUUAGCAUAUUGGGUAUUUUGUUGUUCUAAUUACAUUGCAUUUGAGGAGAUGAAUUCAAACCAGUGUAACUUUGUAGAACUAACAAGUUUGUAUACAUCCAUUUGUUUAAUUAGUUUCUGAACUUCAACACAAUAGGUAAGCCAUGUAUGCAUGCCAGGGAUUAUAUAGUGAAACAAGAACCGAAACUACUAACUUAAGCACUGGAUGAGUAAAACAAGUAGUCUUCAAAUUAUCACCAAUCACUUAUGUUCCAAAAAAGGGUUUUAUCACAUAUCAUCUCCUUUAAUAUGAUGUCCAAAAUCAUUGAACAAUGUACUCCAACUGGCAAACUCAAGACUCAGAAUCUCAGAUGCUUUGUUUUUUCCUCUCUGCCUGAUAUGUUGGACAUUUUUCUUUAAUUUUUUAACUAGUGACUUGUAUUUGGCUUAUUAAUAUAUAAAGUUCAACUAUUUGAUUCUCUUUCAGCUGCAUGUGGGGUCAAUACCAAUUAGGCGGGAAGGAAUCCCAUGGAUUAUAAUGGCAGAGGCUGGUUUACUGCUUUAAACUUCAUUCAUAUAUCCAUAUCUUUCUGGAAAAUUUGUCAAGGCCCUAAUAUAGAACAAAUUUUUACUGCACAUCUGUACCAGUCAACAGGAAAGGUGCAGCUGGAAGCAUCUUCAGUUUGACUAGGAUUGUCUACUACUACUUUUAACAUCGUAUUUAAAUGGAGCUCCGCAUUCUUAGAAAUGUAACAUUCUUGAGCCUUGUACCUCAUAAC